AUGGCAGACCGAUAUUCCUUCUCACUGACGACGUUCUCGCCUAGCGGGAAACUCGUUCAGAUAGAAUAUGCCCUCAACGCAGUCAACCAAGGUGUCACGUCAUUAGGCAUAAAAGCGACAAAUGGCAUUGUCCUUGCAACAGAGAAGAAAUCCUCGUCCCCUCUGAUCGACCCUCCGUCGUUGUCGAAAGUGUCCCUCAUCACGCCCAACAUUGGAAUGGUCUACAGCGGAAUGGGCCCCGAUUACCGAGUUCUCGUCGACAAAGCCCGAAAAGUGUCACAUACAAACUACAAGCGGAUCUACAACGAGUAUCCGCCGACUCGAAUACUGGUGCAAGAUGUGGCGAGGGUGAUGCAAGAAGCUACGCAGUCUGGCGGUGUGCGACCAUACGGUGUGAGCUUGCUGAUAGCUGGAUGGGACGACGGCAUUGAGCCGAAAACGACAGAAGCCAAAGAAGGCGAAACCGACGCCGAGGCAAAAUUGGCCAGCAGGAAAACCGGUGGCAUUCUGAAAGGGGGGCCCAGCUUAUACCAGGUUGAUCCCAGCGGGAGUUAUUUCCCGUGGAAAGCUACCGCCAUUGGCAAGAGUGCGACGAGUGCAAAGACCUUCUUGGAGAAGAGAUAUAACGAUUCUUUGGAGUUGGAGGACGCCAUUCAUAUUGCGCUGUUGACGCUGAAGGAGACGAUCGAGGGGGAGAUGAACGGCGACACUGUCGAGAUCGGGAUCGUGGGCGAACCAGCCAACCACUUACUCGGCUACGAGGGUGUCGAAGGAGCUGUCGGUCCGAGAUUCCGGAAACUGACGAAGGAGGAGAUUGAAGACUAUCUGACGAAUCUUUGA